AUGGAGUCGGUAAAACAAAGGAUUUUGGCCCCCGGAAAAGAGGGGAUAAAGAAUUUUGCUGGAAAAUCCCUCGGCCAGAUCUACAGGAGGGUGCUGGAGAAGAAGCAAGACACCCGGGAGACCAUUGAGCUAACAGAGGAUGGCAAGCCCCUGGAGGUGCCUGAGAAGAAGGCUCCACUGUGCGACUGCACCUGCUUCGGCCUGCCGCGCCGCUACAUCAUAGCCAUCAUGAGCGGCCUCGGCUUCUGCAUCUCCUUUGGCAUCCGCUGCAACCUGGGUGUGGCCAUUGUGGACAUGGUCAACAACAGCACCAUCCACCGCGGAGGCAAAGUUAUCAAGGAGAAAGCCAAAUUCAACUGGGACCCUGAAACCGUGGGGAUGAUUCAUGGCUCGUUCUUCUGGGGCUAUAUCAUCACCCAGAUUCCGGGUGGAUAUAUCGCAUCACGGCUGGCUGCCAACCGGGUCUUUGGGGCUGCAAUACUGCUCACCUCUACUCUCAAUAUGCUUAUCCCGUCAGCAGCCAGAGUGCAUUACGGAUGUGUCAUCUUUGUUAGGAUAUUGCAGGGGCUCGUGGAGGGUGUCACCUAUCCAGCCUGUCACGGGAUAUGGAGCAAGUGGGCCCCUCCUUUGGAGAGGAGUAGGCUGGCUACCACAUCCUUUUGUGGUUCCUAUGCUGGAGCAGUCAUUGCAAUGCCCUUAGCUGGUAUCCUUGUGCAAUACACUGGAUGGUCUUCGGUAUUUUAUGUGUAUGGAAGCUUUGGCAUGGUCUGGUACAUGUUCUGGCUUCUGGUGUCUUAUGAGAGUCCUGCAAAGCAUCCUACCAUUACAGAUGAAGAGCGUAGGUACAUAGAAGAGAGCAUUGGAGAGAGUGCAAAUCUGUUAGGUGCAAUGGAAAAAUUCAAGACCCCGUGGAGGAAGUUUUUCACAUCCAUGCCUGUCUAUGCGAUAAUUGUUGCAAACUUCUGUAGGAGUUGGACUUUUUAUUUACUGCUCAUCAGUCAACCAGCUUAUUUUGAGGAAGUUUUUGGAUUUGAAAUCAGCAAGGUUGGCAUGCUGUCUGCGGUCCCACACCUUGUCAUGACAAUCAUUGUUCCUAUCGGGGGGCAAAUUGCAGAUUUUCUAAGAAGCAAGCAAAUUCUUUCAACAACUACAGUGAGAAAGAUCAUGAAUUGUGGUGGUUUUGGCAUGGAAGCCACCCUGCUAUUGGUUGUUGGCUACUCUCACACUAGAGGGGUGGCCAUUUCCUUCUUGGUGCUUGCAGUAGGAUUCAGUGGAUUUGCUAUCUCUGGCUUCAAUGUUAACCACUUGGAUAUUGCUCCAAGAUAUGCCAGUAUCUUAAUGGGCAUUUCAAAUGGCGUUGGCACACUGUCGGGGAUGGUCUGCCCGAUCAUUGUUGGUGCAAUGACAAAGAACAAGUCCCGUGAAGAGUGGCAGUACGUCUUCCUCAUCGCUGCACUCGUCCACUAUGGUGGAGUCAUAUUUUAUGCAAUAUUUGCCUCAGGAGAGAAACAACCUUGGGCAGACCCUGAGGAAACAAGUGAAGAAAAAUGUGGCUUCAUUCAUGAAGAUGAACUGGAUGAAGAAACAGGGGACAUCACUCAGAAUUAUAUAAAUUAUGGUACCACCAAGUCUUAUGGUGCCACCACACAGGAGAAUGGAGGCUGGCCUAAUGGCUGGGAGAAAAAGGAAGAAUUUGUUCAGGAAGGAGCACAAGAUGCAUACACCUAUAAGGACCAAGAUGAUUAUUCAUAACGAAGCUAGUUGCUGGAUUCAUUUCUAGUGUUAUGAUUAAAUUCAUUGUGAUUGCACAAAAUAA